UCCUUCUUCCAUAGAUUACUCCAGUGGGUGGAUAUUCUCGAUCCGACAACACUCCUGGCGUCAGACAAAGAAAUAGAAAAUGCUCAAGCUCCACUACAGGACAGCCAGCGAAAUCUGAAGGAGCCGGUGAAAGAUGAACAGAUUAAAGAGACACGGCGGCUCAUGCUGUCUGCGGUUCAUCCGGACACCGGCCAUUUGAUACCGCUAGUUUUUCGACCUCAGGCAUUCAUGCCAAUUGCUACGCCUUUGGUGAUCGGUAUGCUCCUGCCUCACCGAGGGAUGAAACCAGCUUUAUUCUGGCAGUUCCUCUUUCAUUCUUACACCGCUGGCUUCAACUCGGUGAACCGAAAUAAAACCACCUCUAGAGAUGAAAAGGUUCCUUUAAAGCAAGUUCUACUCUUGGUUGGAUCAGUGACCUACACAACCUGUUUAGGGGUGUUUCCGCAAUUUGUGAUGUAUCGAUAUGGAUUAAAGAAUCCUGGAAUACAGAGUCUGUUCAGAAACAUUAUACCUGUGCCCGUGCUUGCAAUCGCAGGAGCUUUCAAUGCAGUAGCCGUUCGAGGUGUUGAAUUGGAGAAGGGGAUUGAAGUCACAGACAGAAAUGGGAAUGUGGUCGGAGUUUCUGAAGCGGCAGGAGCCAAGGCAGUGAAGGAUACAGCCAUUUCGAGAGCGGUGUUAAUCGGAACCACAGUAGCUGUGCCCAACAUGCUUGGCAGCUAUUUGCAAAGGAUGAAUUUCAUAAAGAGAGCCCCAUUCGCUCUGGCUCCCAUCAGACACAUAGCGACCGCGCUGGUAUUCGGACUGAUGGUGCCGGUUUCCUUCAGCCUGUUUCCUCGGAUUGGAAAGAUAUCCAGGAGCAGUCUUGAGCCGCUGAUCCAGUCGGCCACAACACAAGAUGAGCUGUAUUACCACAGAGGGCUGUGAAGGACAGUUGCUGACUCAGAUUGCAUCACAGAGACACAUAUGAUGAUUGCUUGUUGUGGUGCAGCGUACAGAGACAGUCCUUCAAAGAGUCAAUCUCUGUCUGCGAGCCUGAACAGGCAGUGUUGCCGGGUCUUCGACAAGCAGUGGAACGAGUUUGGUCCUGGCAUGUAUUGCAUUAAGAGUCACUGAGUGGAAAUCACGAGUGUGGAAACGCUGUAACAUAUCUUUCCCCUUAUCCACUCCCCAGCUACUGGCAAAUAUAUUUUCGUCACAUCAUCAGCCAACUACCUCACCAGCUUGGAAUUUCCCACAAAAUCAUGUUUUCCAUUUAGGGAAAGUGUUGUAUUGAUCCUGUUCAACUUGAUGCAGACUGUAAAGACUGCUAAAAUAUUGUAAAUUAACCCAUUGUAAUUGAGGAAUUGCACCUCAUCCAGUGGUAAUAAAUGCAACUAAGACACAAGUUUGCUUUCCUCUUAUUUAUUGUCAAAAUAGUUGAGAGAAACUAUCUCGGAUAUCUUGUCUACUGUUGUGGUUGUAAUACCUGAAUAUAUCUCUUAAACGAUUAUAUUAUAAUAUUAAAUAUAUUAAAGAGAGAGUGUGCGUC